AUGUCCCACCAGAAGAGAACUGCGUGUGACCGAUGUCGUGCACACAAGCUGCGCUGCGUACGAGAAGACCCAACGACGGGUGUGAGGGAUGCUAGCAAAUGCACUCGUUGUGCGCGAGCUGGUGUUUCCUGUGUCAUUGGCCGAUCCACUCGCAUGUCUGUAAACGAAUUUUGGGUCAACCCUAUGUGCGACGACUGGAAUCAGGACCCCUUGUAUAUUGGCAUGGUCGAUAGUGAAGACAGGAACCAUACGCUUUUCGAGGACCUUUCUGGAGAGUCAAAGCUAAAGAGCCCAGCACCGAUGUUACCUCCUUCAUCCCCCACUGCAACCGAGUCGCCUGCUGAAUCCCAUAUAACACCAACUAAUAAGCGAAUUCAAGUAAUGUGUGCUCUCGCAGCACUGGUAUCGAAUCUGACGGAGCAUCUGCAAAGUAUCUCAGACGGUCAACACUCGGCGACACGCUUUAUCAUCGGGGAUAUUCAGAAGUUUUUGAGCAUCCUUGAUGACAUCCCAGCUACCAACCGUGGCGAUGGAAUCAUGCCCGGACCAACACUUCUAAUCGCUAUUUGCUACACGAUCAUAGUGUGGAUACUCCGCCAUGCGUGCGAAGGUUUGCCGGGGCACCUCCAGCAGCUGAGUGGUAAUGAGUCGGGCGAGCUACAGGCUAUUCUAGGCCUGUCGGCUCCGGUUGAUAACCCAGGUUUGCAGGCUGCCCUUAGGGUGCAGAUGAUCCUGUAUCUUCUCAAUCGUGCAGAAAAUUUCCUGAAUAAAUCACACAGCGAGCAGACUGAAACCUCCUCGACGGCCUCGGGGCUUCUGCGAUCAAUAAUGCGUCUGGACGAAACGAAAAGAGAUGUUGUAGCUCUGCGCAAGGAUAUGGAACGGAUCUCGAGAAAUCUCGGCUUAUGA